UCCUUUUAGUGCUAAGCUUUUUUUAAUCGUAACAAGUUAGCAUUCGGUUGAUAUUGAAAAAUACUUCAAAGUACUUUUUACAAUUAACGAGAUGGGUGAAUAUAGCACAUCUCUAUAGGCUAACUUAUUUAGGAUAGUAAUUCAGAAGCUGGGAAAAUGGAAGCGCUUAAAAAUUCUCCAACUAUGAAGGUGAUUGCGGACCUUGAUGUUAAGACGACAGAACGCUUUGUGUCCUUUUUGCUACAAUUUGCAUCUUUUAAGUCUCUUAAGAUUCACUGCAAAUUUCUCGAAAUAUCCUGUGAUGGAAUAGCGUGGCUUUGUUCAUGGGUUGCCUUCAUCUGGCUAAUAAAUUCCAAGAACCUAUACCAAAUGCAAGUUAACAUGCUACUUGGAUUACUAUUAGAUAUUGUUGUUGUGGCUGUGUUAAAAGCACUCGUACGUAGACGACGACCAGCAGCUGUGAAGGAUGCACUUGUUAUUGGCCCGGACAAGUUUAGCUUUCCAUCGGGACACGCAUCUAGAGCUUUCUAUGUUCUAAUAUUCUUUACCAAAUUGCAUACGUUGCCAAUCAUAUUUUGGAUGCCAAUGACUGCGUGGGCUGUUAGCGUUGUGAUCUCUAGGCUAAUAUUAAAAAGACACUUUAUUUUGGACGUAAGUGCUGGUGCACUGAUUGGCAUUUGUGAAGCAUUGUUUAUUGGAUUAAUUUGGAUUAGUGAGGAAACAGCCACUUCUCUGCUUGGGCUCAUAACUGAAGAUGAAUCUGUUUAGCAAGUAUUUAAAAAAAA